UACACAGGGUGUUGUGUUGUUUGUGUUAGUGAAUGAAGAAAUUACAUAUUUGUGGAACCAGGAAAAUAUUUCUACAUAUUAUCUAUACCUUCGGACGAGAUCUGAGAGGUGCAGUUUUCUGGAUCCGGCAGAUGGAAGAGAAAGAAUUCCCCAUGGACUAUUUUACACCAAUAGUAACAAUAAACGAGACUCCACCCGAACCCUCUUCGCCUAAAUCUCCAAAGGUAAAAAAAAUAAAAAUCAAAAUCGAAGGCAACGAAGAAGGUGAAAUUUCUGCGGAAAUAGUCAAACAAAAGAAAAGAGGAAGGCCUAGAAAAAAUACAGAGAACAAGAAAGAAGAAACUAAGAAAGAGAAAAAAAAGUCAAAAAAAGAUGAAGAUGAUGAUAAUGAUCCCACUUGGUCGGAAGUUAUCAAAAAGAAAAAGAAACCGAAGAAAACUAAACAAACCAAAACACCCAAACAAAACAAGAAAAAACAGGCUGUGGCUCAAGAGGAGGUGGUGGUAAAAUCGGAACCUAUCGAUAUAGACGAUCCCGUUGAAGGUUUAGAAAUAAAAAAAGAGAUCAAGGAAGAACCCCUAGACGGGGAAGCGGUGCCAAGUGUACCGAUAUCUGUAGAAGACAUCAAAGCAAUAUUACCACAAAUCGAGGACAAGAGAACUUUUAAGUGUCCACUUUGCAGCAAAGAAAAAGACGAUAAAACUGAAAGAACCCCCAAAGAAUUAAAACAACACUACAAAGAUCAACACCCCGGCAAAAGGCUCCGGCAGUCCCGUUUCUCCCUGGAAAUCCACCCGUGCGACGUCUGCGGCAAGGAAUUCAAGACGAGCACUGCCGUAAAGGAACACCUAGAAACCCACAACAACUACUUCUACUGCGAGGUGUGCAACUCCUCGCACAAGAAGAUCCUGGACCACAUCAUACACCUGCGCGUCCACUCCCAACAAGGCGUAUUCCAGUGCUUGAUGUGCGACCUCAAAACCCCCGACAUAAACAAGAUAACUGACCAUGUCAACAACCACGAGGAUCUGCUCAAAUACUGGUGCCAGACGUGCAAGAAGGGCUUCCAGAUCCUGCCCUGGUUCCAGGAGCACGACAACUACCACACGGGACUUAAGCCGUUCGACUGCGAGUUUUGCGGCAAGUGCUUCCUCUACUCCCGUUACCUCCACGCUCACAAGGUCAGCAUGCACAAGGAGGACAUGAACUGCCCCAGCCUGCACGAGUGCGUCAUCUGCAACAAGCAGUACCAGCACAAGAACAGCCUGAAACUGCAUAUGAACUCCCACACGGGCAACUUCUCCAUCUGCGACAUCUGCGGCAAGAUGCUGUCCAGCAAGGAAAAGCUCAAGUUUCACAUCCGAACCCACACGGGGUACAAACCCUACAGCUGCACCUACUGCGAGAAGUCCUUCACGAAGAAACCCAUCUUGGUGGAACACGUCAGGAUUCAUACAGGGGAAAGACCGUACAUCUGUGAGUAUUGUACGAAGGCAUUCUCGCAACGUUCAAGCUUGGUGAUCCACAUGCGCGGUCAUACGGGAGAGAGGCCGUACGUUUGCCAGUUCUGCACGAAGGGGUUCGUCGCCAAGGCCAUGCUGAACAUCCACCUCAAAUCGUGCAAAGGCCUGGUCGCACUGCCCUCUGUACAGGAAAUUUGCCAGGGGUCCCGGAUGACGCGAAACUCGCCUGAUUUAAAACAGGAAGUAGCUGAAGAGGAAAUUGUGAUAACUUUUGUAGAUGAGGACGACUCGGACAGCUACAUAGACCUCGCGGAGUACCAGCAACUAACCCUCGAAAACAAGAACAUCCUCAUAGAAGCCAACCCGAAUAUCAUACUGGAACCGGUGGAGCAACCCACCGUGAUCGCGAAGACGGUGCGGUCGAAAAGGGAGGAGAUCGAGAAAAGCGUGGAAGCCAUCCUAGUUAAGGAGAGAGUCAAAGCCGCCGCUAGAAGGAGAGGCAUCGCUGGCCAAGCUAAAUCCGAAGCCGAGCUGGCGCUCUGUCCCGUUUGUGGUAAGUUGGUCCGAAUGAGGUACAUCUCCAAGCACAUGGUGUGCCACGGGAGCCACAAGUGCGAAAUAUGCUCGUCUCUGUUCAAAUCCGAGGAAGAGCUCGAUAAGCACAGGGAAGUACACCUCGAUAACGAUUACCCAUGCGAGAACUGCGAACUGAGCUUCAAAACGGCUAUAGAGUUCGCCAUCCACAACCACCAGCACGUCAACAUGUUCCAGUGCCCGUUGUGCAAGUUUUACACCAAAUCCAAGAGCUCGAUCUGCGGCCACAUCAAGAGGCACGAGGGCCAAUACAAGUACCACUGCACCAUCUGCGGAAAGGGCUUCAUAGGUAAGGCGCUGCUCGCCACACACGAGGAGAUACACCUGGACAUAAAGCAGUACAUGUGCGACUUGUGCGGGAAGAAGUUUUCCGUCAGGAGGUACCUGGACGUCCACCGACAGCUCAACCACAAGAAGGAGCUGUACGGCAUCGAGGAGUUGUUUCGUUGCGAGAUAUGCGGGAGGGAGUUCACCUUCGAGAAGAGUCUACGGAGGCACCAGAGCGUCAUCCACCAGAUCGGGGAGGAUCGCACUGUGCAGUGCAAGGUGUGCAACAAAGUCAUAGCUAAUAAUUACAACCUGAAGAUGCACAUGAGGAUCCACACCGGCGAGAAGAAUUACUGCUGUGACAAGUGCGGUAAGGCGUUUUCCGCAUAUAAGUAUUGGAAGAAGCACAAGUUGACGCACGAAAGGAAGAAAUCGUCGCAAGUGGAGAUGGAGAUGGUCGAGAUAGAAUUAGAAGAUAUUAAAACUGAGUCACCUGAGUUGUUGGAACUGUUAGAAUAAUUUAAUUGUUUCUUUUCUUUGGAAAUUAAAUAGUUUCUCAUUUGUUCAGAAUGUUUUUCGAGUCGAGUAUUACAUAGCGUUGAAUUUUAUUUUAAUAAAUGAUUAAGUACAAAAUGAAAGUUGUUAAACUUUUAUAUUAAAUCCAAAUAAAUGGAUGCUUGGGAAAAUAAUUAACUUUUCUGAGACGAAUUCCCAAAAUUAUAAUCUGAAGACGUGAAA